CCAUGACGUCAUUAGUCUCGGCCAUUUUUACGGAGGAAAACGUCUGAGUUUUACUAGAUUGAAAUAAUUUAGUAUAUUUACAAGAUGGGACGAUCGCGGAGUAGAAGUCGAUCUGCGAGUAGGGCAAGUAAAUCUACAUCGAAGCAUCGCAGUAAACAUAAAAAGCGCAGGACCAGAUCUAGGUCAACGUCCCGCGACAAAAACCACAGACACAGUCGAGUUCGUUCACGAUCGAGGGACAGAGAAAGGAAACGCAGACACCGUUCUUUGUCAUCAAGCAGUUCUAGUAGUGAUGAUGAUCUGAUACUACGAGCAAAACGCAGGGAAGAAGAGGAGAAGAAACUAGAAUUGGAGCGCCAAAGGCUGCAAAAACAGAAGGAGCUUGAGGAGAAGUUGAUUGAGGAAGAAGUAGCUCGCCGCGUUGAGGAACUUGUUGCCAAACGAGUUGCUGAGGAACUUGAAAAGCGCAAGGAUGAGAUUGAGGCAGAAGUGAAGAGACGUGUGGAAGAAGCGAAACAAAUUAUGGAGAAACAGAUGUUACAGGAAUUAGAGCAACAAAGAGCAGCAGAAAUAGAGUCUCAGAAACGAAAGGAGGAGGAGGAAAGACAGAAACGGUUGGAGCUAGAGAGGAUAAUGUUGGAAAACAACAAGAAAAUAGAAGAAGCUCAGCGAAAAUUGGCUGAGGAACAGCUGAAAUUGGUAGAAGAUCAGCGUAAAAUGCUUGAAGAAAAGCAACAGCUAGAAGAUAAAAGACGCCACGAAACAAAACGUGAACAGGAAGUUAUUCUUAACAAGAAAAACGCGAGACCCAAAUUGUCUUUUAGUAUAGGCGGCAGAUGAUCAGUGUUGUGUUUAUUUAGCUGGAAUUAAAAUUUAUCAGUCCUGGAUAUGUGCAAAAUUAAUUAAGAUUCCAGGUUGGUGAAAGAAGUGAAUAUUUAAAGAGUCAAGGUACUCCCGGCUCAAGUGUCUACAAAUCAAUAGGGCAGUAUUACUUGUGUUGAUAAAUCUUGCUACAUCAGUCUGGAAUGUAUGUGAUGUAAAGUGCAAGCUGUGAAAGUCAGUUAGCAGUAAAUGAUAGUGAAGGUUUUUUUUUGAUUGAGUUCCCAUAUAUUCAGGUGAGCUGUGCUCUGAAUCAACAGCGAAAAUGUCGUGAUGGAUUUGUACAUGUCUGCUUACUUCAACCGGUGGGGAAAUGUGCUAGCCUUGGAUGUGAUGAAUAGUCAUGACAUUUUUCAGUGAAUCUCUACAUACACCCGAAGCUAUAUGUAUUCUGUCAAGGAAACUUGAGGUUGGGAUUUAAAUUGAAGUUGGAACUCGAGGUUUGGACAGUAACUUGAGGUUGGUUCAAGUCCUUGUAACACCUUGCUCAGGGGAUAGGUUAAGGUAACAUCGCUAUAAGACCACUUUAUCAGGGAGACAUUUUCAAUUGAAAUGUUAAUAACAAUUUUUGCUUUUACUUUUUUCCUUCAGACCACAAUUUUUUUUUGCAUUGCUUUGAAAUUGAAAUAUGUAAAUUCAAUAAGUUUGAUGAAUUAGUACAGAAUUAAUUAUUAAAAUGAUAUCUUUUCCCGGGUUUAUGCCAGUAAAAACAUGACAAAAUUACACACAAACUAAAUAAAGUUUGAAGGUAAGUAUUUCGGUAAAGCAUACUUCUUCCUUUUUUACGCCUGUCUAAGCCGCCAAAGUUCUGAUUUAAUUUACUGAGAAAGUAAUGAAUGAUUUUGGUCGUUCUGUAGUUUCAAUUUUGAUAUUGCCCAGAGUUGACAUCCAGUAAACUGUCAGGUACAUAAGUACAUAAACAUUACCCUUAUACAAUCUUAUCUUACAAUUUAAUUGUUAAUGUUUUGUUAAAAUCUGUCAAUGAAAUUUAUGUAUUUUCAUUUAUAUGUUUUAAACUGUGCUACUUUUUUAUGAGACUGUAUGCGAUAACAGUUGAGUGUAUGUUUGAUCAUGAUUUUGAGUAAUAGAUUUAUUUGUUCCAUAUAUAUAGAUUACUUUCGGUGCUCCAGAUAUGCAGUUGAUAACUUAAGUUGUCGGUCUAAAUUGUUUUCAUUGACGGACGUAAAAGUUUUUAACCCUUACCCUGCUGAAUUUUCUAUUAUGAACUUAACGAUCUUUCAAUUUGGACAUCACCAUUAACUAUUAAUAGGGGUGCUUCCAAAAAAAUUUACUGACUGAAUGGCAAACCGUACAGAUCUUGAUCAGACUGCAUGGAUAUACAGGCUGAACAUGAUCUACUCUGUUUGCAAAGACAGAAUCAGUGGGGUCUGGCAUGAUAAGGGUUAACUUGCACGUUAGUUUUCAGCCGAGAAAGUAAAUUUCAAAAUUGCUAAAAUUUACAAGAAUGCAUUUAUUUUGAUACAUGGAAUUUUAGAAUUGUCUUUGGAAGGGAGAAUAGAUUUUUAUUUCGGUAUUUGUACAUAAAGUUUAGAAAUCUGGAGUGUUGAGUCUAUAAAUAUACUUUCAGAUACAUUUGUUUGGAGUGGUAAGUAUGUAAGGAAAAUGAGCAAAGAAGCAGUAAAUCGUGUAUGAUUGUCAAAUUAUUUAACAUGUUCGGAUAGUUUGUUUACUAACAUGGGCAGGACAAUGAAAUUGUUUCCCAGUUUUAAAAGAUUUUUAGCUCGACUAUUCAUAGAAUAGUAGAGCUAUUGGACUCGCCCAUGCGUCGGCGUCCGCGUCCGCGUCCGCGUCCCGAUUUGGUUAAGUUUUUGUAUGUAAGCUGGUAUCUCAGCAACCACUUGUGGGAAUGGAUUGAAACUUCACACACUUAUUCACUGUGAUAAACUGACUUACAUUGCACAGGUUCCAUAACUCUGUUUUGCUUUUUUACAAAAUUAUGCCCCUUUUUUAACUUAGAAAUUUUUGGUUAAGGUUUUGUAUGUAAGCUGGUAUCUCAGUAACCACUUGUGGGAAUGGAUUGAAACUUCACACACUUAUUUACUGUGAUAAACUGACUUACAUUGCACAGGUUCCAUAAUUUUAUUUUGCUUUUUUACAAAUUAUGCCCCUUUUUCGACUUAGAAUUUUUUGGUUAAGUUUUGUAUGUAAGCUGGUAUCUCAGUACUCACUAAUGGGAAUGGAUUGAAACUUCACACACUUGUUCACUGUCAUGAUCUGACAUGCACAAAGCAGGUCCCAUAACUUUAUUUUGCUUUUUUACAAAAUUAUGCCCCUUUUUCAACAUAGAAAUUUUUGGUUAAGUUUUUGUAUGUAAGCUGGUAUCUCAGUAUCCACUAAUGGGAAAGGAUUGAAACUUCACACACUAGUUCACUGUCAUGAUAUGACAUGCAGUGCAAAGGAUCAAUAACUCAACUUUGCUUUUUACAAAAUUAUGCCUCUUUUUCAACUUAGGAGUUUUUGGGUUAAAUUCUUAUAUGUAAGCUGGUAUCUCAGUACCCACUAAUGGGAAUGGAUUGAAACUUCAUACACUUGUCCACUGUCAUGAGCUGAUAAGCACUUUGCAGGUUCCAUAACCCUAUUUUACUUUUUUACUAAAUUAUGCCCCUUUUUCGACUUUCUUAUUCAUUCAAGCGACAAGGCUGUUAAAUAGUCGAGCGUUGCUGUCCUCCGACAGCUCUUGUUUUUUGUGUCAGAAAUUUAGUUUUUUAAAAAAACAAGGGUUGAGUGUGAAUUGUCAGUGAUUGAGAGGUCUUUUGUGUAGAUUAAAAGCUUUCAUCCAUUCAUACUGAAUUUUUUGACAGACUAUUGUGCAUAUGCCAUUCACUAGUUGUUGAUAAACAAAUAUUGUUACUGUUACUAAAAAAAAAAAUAGGAAAGGAAAUAAAAAAAAUUUAACAGCAAAAGAGUGGUUGAUUUUUUUUUCACAGAUGGUAUUUCCUAACAUUUAUGAUUAGACAGUGUCUGUGUUUGAAAAAAAAAGUUUAAUUUAAAAGAUAUCAGUUUUACAUUUUUAAACUGGAUGUAUAUUAUUUUUUCUGACAUUAUUCCAGUUAAUUGAUAUCAAACAAUGACAAUGAGGUAUUUCCAACACCUUAGUGUUCUACACAAAUAGUUGCGGGAGAAAAAAAGAGAACAUAUUUUGAUUUAAAACAUUGAACAUUUGCAGCGAGUUUGCUAGAAGGCCAUUAUUCAUAAAAUAAUUUGAAGUUGUGAGAGAAUCAAAACAUUUAUAUUCCCAUAGAGAUACAAAAUAUUCUAGGACGUUAAUAAUGAAUGAAUGUUUUUGUUUUCUGUGUGGUAUAAAUAAAAGAUAUGAUAUUGGGCUCUAUACAAAGAUAUUUAGAAAUCGGCUAUUUAUGAUAUUUAUUCAUAUAUGUAUUAGAGAAUUCUUUAUAAACCUCGUUUCAAACAUUCACAAGCCAUAUUAAUUGCUGAUAAACAAUGUUCAUUGCAUACAAAUGAUGACAUUUUGUACAUGGUCUUGCAUGUAUUUUUUGACUAUUUAUAUAUGCCCAUACCAUGUUUAUGAUUGCAUAGAUUUGUGUUGAAACUUUGUAUGUUAGACAAUUUUGUUCUCGUGUAUUAAUUAUAUGAUUUCUCCUAUGAAUUAUUAUAGACAAGACAUUUUGUGUUCAUGUAUAUGUGAUCACUGGUUAUAUUGUUUGUAUUUUAUGAAUGAAUAAAUCCAUCUUCAUUUUUAAAAAAAAAA